AAUCAUGUCACUGAUGUUCGGGAAGAUGAAGACAUGUAACUCUGCUGACAGAAGUCCAGCUGAGUGUAACCUGGUGCUCCUCGGUGUUCAGGGCUCUGGGAAAUCAGCUCUGACAGUGAAAUUCCUCACAAAGCGCUUCAUCAGUGAAUAUGAUCCUCAUCUAGAGGAUGUCUACUCCUCAGAGGUGGUCGUGGAUCAGCAGCCAGUCAUGGUGAGAGUGAUGGACACCUUUGACCAGGAGGGUCCAGUGAACAGUGAGCGUUAUCUGUCCUGGGCCAACGCCUUCCUCGUGGUCUACAGCAUUGACAGCAUGGAGAGCUUUAAAGGCAGCCAGCUGUAUCUGCAGAUUCUCUCCCUGCACAACAAGACCUUCAGGCCUCGAACUCCCAUCAUCCUGCUGGGCAACAAGCUGGACAUGGACAGAUACAGACAGGUGAGUCAGUGUGACGGUCAGGCCCUGGCGUCUCGUUUCGGCUGUUUGUUCUUCGAGGUGUCGGCCUGUCUAGACUUCAUGUCAGUGCAGCACGUCUUCCACGAGGCUGUGAGGAGGGCGAGGUCAGAGGGGGGGCAUGGUCGUCUGGCAUCAGCCGUCUACGUCAGUGAGGACAAGGCACUCAUUGGUGUCCCGUCCUUCACCACUCCCUACAAGGAGCUGCCGGCCCCCACCACUGCCAAGCUGGUGACUGUGAAGACAUCCAGAGCUCAGAGGAAACGGAGGGCCACCACACUAACCCUGCUCAAGGGCCUCAAGAUUUUCUGACCCCCAACACUCUCCACGCUGUGAAAGACUUAUUAGAUAACAGUGAAUAACAUGAAGAGCUGUAUAUGUACAUCUGACCAAUGAAAAACCAGAACAAA